AUGAAUCCGCCCCUCUCUGUUUUUAUCCAAUCGUAACCGCUCUUACAUUGCUCCUCCUUUGCCGCCAAAUCGCAACUCCCUUUUGAGUUUUCCUUCUGCACGAAAGGCAGCCACGUCUCUUGUGUCUAGAAGUGGCCCAAAACAGGAAGGUGUCUACCGAAACUGACUGUAAUUGCUAAAGCCGAGCAGUCCAAUGGAUUCUUGAAACCAUAAUCUUUGAGUUGGAAAAGCAGUUGGAGUGAUGAACAACUAUGAAUUGAAGUCAUUGUUUGUGUGACUGCGAAAGUUGCCUAACAUGGGGAUCCCUGGGCUUCUGCAGUUCAUCAAAGAUGCAGGGGAGCCCAUCAAUGUGAAGAAAUACAAAGGCCAGACGGUGGCAGUAGACACCUACUGUUGGCUUCAUAAAGGAGCAUUUUCAUGUGCUGAAAAGCUUGCGAAGGGAGAACUGACUGAUCAGUAUGUAUGGUACUGCAUGAAAUAUGUGGACAUGCUGUUUUCCUUUAAUGUGAAACCAAUUCUAGUAUUUGACGGACGCAAUCUACCUUCAAAACGACAAGUGGAAAAGGCUCGCAGAGAGCGUCGAGAAGCCAACCUUCAAAAAGGCCGGCAGCUGUUACGAGAUGGCAAACUUUCUGAGGCCCGAGACUGUUUUACCCGAUGUGUCAACAUCACCCCAGCCAUGGCUCAUAACCUGAUUAAGGCUGCAAGGGCGAGGGAAGUAGACUGCAUUGUGGCGCCAUAUGAAGCUGAUGCUCAACUGGCCUUCCUGACCAAGUCUGGUUUGGCUCAUGCAGUCAUCACGGAAGACUCUGAUCUUUUGGCAUUUGGCUGUAAAAAGGUGAUCCUAAAAAUGGACAAGCAGGGUAAUGGCCUGGAAAUUGACCAGAGUAACCUGGGCCGGUGUCGUUCUUUGGGCAACAUUUUCACAGAGGAGAAGUUUCGCUAUAUGUGCAUACUUUCCGGCUGUGACUACCUAGCUUCUCUGCAUGGUAUCGGUCUGGGCAAAGCCUGCAAGCUGCUGAGACUGGCAAAAGACCCUGAUAUCCUCAAGGUGAUCAAGAAGAUGGGCCAAUACUUAAAGAUGGAUAUAGAAGUCCCUAAGGAGUACAUCGAAGGAUUUGUCAGAGCCAAUCGAACCUUCCUUUACCAGCUGGUGUUUGAUCCUGUCAAGAGGAAGAUUGUACCCCUCAACCCGUAUGAAGAGGACAUCAACCCUGCCACCCUCAGCUAUGCUGGAGUUCCUGUAGGAGAUGACAAAGCCUUUCAGAUGGCCUUAGGAAACCUUGACAUUAACACAAUGGAGAAGAUCGAUGACUUUAAGCCAGACAAACCAAAGACAGAGGCAUUAACACACCGCAGUUGCAGCUGGAAUAAAAGCAGAGUCGCCAAUCCCACCGGGCUCAGUAUUUGGAGCCAAAGCACAAAGGCAUCAUCUACUGUACCAGCCCAGAUUGCUGCCUUCCCUGACAGGCCUCCAUCCAGUAGGGGGAAGGAGAGAGUCAUCAGCUUGGCUCGGGCCAGGCUUCCCUUCAAAACUGUGCAAGUGAAGAGACCACGAGAAGACACUCUAUCAGAUCAGGAUGUUCUACAGCAGUACUCCAGUGUGAAGCGAUCCAAGUCAGACCAGCAACCAGAAAGGUUGAUGUUAAUACCAGUCAAUCAGCCACGGUCAUACAACUGCUUUGCUACACUCCUGCAGAGGAGGAACCAGGAUGUCGAUGAAGGCAAGGCUAUUACCAGCAGAUUCUUCAGCAAUUCCAGUUCAGAUGCCAGCAGUGUGAAGGAAUCUGCUCAAGUGGGUUUCGGUCAUAGUGUGGAGUCAAACGCAACAUCAAGCCCGAUUGAGCACACAUCCGAACCCUGUGUCCGAACCAAUUAUGAUGAUGGUUCAGAAGGUCCAGAAGUCUCAUCUGUGGAAACACCCAGUCUGCCUCCUUUUCCAAAUACCUUUUCCCCAAGUUCAGGCAGUCAGGGUCUAAGGUUGUUUGACUGGUCAGACAGUUCAUCCUUUACUGAUCGAUCACAGAAACCCAAGUCUAGUUCACACCUCGAUGUCCUGCAGCAGUUCCAGUACAAGAAGGAUAGUCUCUCCUUAUCCACCAAGACCUCCAUUGACGCAAAACCCAAAGGGGAGGACAAACCUGCAGGCUCUCCACACUCCCAAGACAGUGGCUACUUUUGUCAAUCCGAGCCUUCCCUUGUUUCUUUAUACAAAGAUGAAACACCCUCCUGUGGAUCCAACCCCUACCAUUCUGUGCCUGUUGCAGGUUUAUCAAAGCCCAAGUUCAGGAGUCUGGUUAAACCCACAAAGGUACAAGCAUUGGGACCAGCAAGGGCAAGUGGAUUGAGGAAGAAAUCCUCCACAAAUAAUGAGAACAAUCCUGGUUUCCAGGCAACCAUCAGCAGUCUAUGGAAGAAUUACGGCUUCAAAAAGUAACAUUUUAAAAGUAAUUUGUGCAUUUGAAUGUAAUUUAUUGCUGUAGUCUUCAAAACUUCCCAGGUUUCAAAGCUGUUAAGUAUUUUGUCUUUGAACCCAAAUCUGAUUGUGUAUUUGAACCCUGCUGGAAUGGAAACCAGAUUGGACAAAUGUUGACAUUAACUGAUUUUGAUAAUCAUAUCCAUUUAUGUAAACAAACUUGUAUUUUGACACCAGGUCUGUGAUGCUGAUCUCACUGACCAGUUUAAGUUUCUGUUAUCGUAAAGAGGAAAAAAAAAAAAGCAACUUCGUGUGUGUGGGUUUUUUUUU